AUUUGCAAAAUAUGUCAUUGACAUGAUUCACUUACAAAGGUAUUUGAGCGGAAAUAUAAACACGCUGAAUUAGACAAACACUUCCCACAAACCAUGACGAAUCUUAAUCAUCCAAUAUAAAUGACAUAUUUGCUUUCAAAAUCGCGCUCGGUCAGCUAAUACAGACUCUUCGGUUGAAAUGACUAGUGUGAUGGUUCCAACGGACGGACGUGAAAUGUCGGAGGAAAAUUGCCAUACGGGAAAUGAUGUUCUCAAAGGUGACCACGUAAAGCUUGAAGUGGUAAGUAAUAUUAAAAGAGUGGUGUUCUUGUAGCGAUAUAAUCCUUUUAUGAGUUUCAAUAUGUCCAAUAUUGCUUUUAAGAGUUUGCGGCUAAUUUGAAGCCCUCCAAUGGUGAAAUUUAGCCGAUGCUAUCUGUCAUUACAAUAUUUGCUCAUUUGCGUCCUUUAUCACGAAACAAAAAUAUCGUCGCCUGUUGGUAAGAUGUUUGUAAAAACACAGUGUCGCGUAUGACAAAGUAUACUAAAUUCAAUUAAUUCGUUGGUGCGUGUUCUCUUCAUUCAAUCAUAAGGACGAUGUCGAACUAGGAUCUCGCAAGACAUCUGCCCGAUGGAAACUUCAACACAAACGACAAGUAUUAAAUCAGAAAAUAUUCAAGCAGACAAAAUUACGAGAUGGUGCUGAAAAUUUGAUGAAAGCUCUCAGGUAAGUUACACUUUACGUGAAACUUAUUUUAGGUUUUUGCCUCCAAUAUAGUGUAUAAAAUACAAAGUGCAUCAGAUAGACUCAUUUUUAUCUGAAGUUCACUCCGAUCUACUGUUCGUGUAGCAUUCCUCCUCCAGAGUUUUCUUUAGUUUUCUACUAAUUGACUUGUGUGUUUCAUAAUCCGUUAAAUACAUAACAAUGACAAUAUUGUAAGCCUUUUUUCUAGAAAGAGUCAACCGCAGCGUGCAAAAUUGAUUAAGCUCACAGAAUGCAGAUUACGGCAUCUAUUUAAUAUUAUAAUUUAAGACUUUCAAUUUAUUCAUGUAAAUUACGUUAACAACAAUAAUACUGAUCCAUGCGAUAUAUUUAAUUCAAUUAUUUCACAUUGCGUCAUGAGCCACAGACUGAGAAAUAAAUAAUCCUCUCAACGGCUUUAAUCCGUUGAAGUAUGAAAGAUUUAAUGAAAAUUUCAAGUAUGUGUUUUGAUGGUAUAUCUUUUACACUGUAGUUUCUUUCCUUGGUAUUACUUAAUGUUUGAUUUCAUAGUCCACAAAUAAUUUUAAUAAAAUUAUAAGGGAAUAAAAGUAAUAUUGAGGAUUAAAGCCCUGUUCAAAUGGUCAUCAUAGUUGGCUAUUGUAGUCAUUUUACCAUUUGCCAUUUCAGUUUGAGCCCCUUUUUGGCAAUACUUCUUACUGGAAAACUAUCAUUCACCAUCAUCUGCUUGUUUAAAUGGCAAAAACUAUCAUCAACUAUGAUGUGGAAUUUGAACAUGUCCAAACUACCUGAUAGUUGAUGAUAAGUUGAUAGUUGAUAGUUGAUGAUAAACAAUGAUAGUGCAUAAAGGUGCAUGAACCGCGUGAUAGUUGAAACUAUCAUCAACUCUCAUGACAGUUUGUAUCAGGUGUAAUUAUGGUCUGAUUUGACCUUUGCUUGGUCUGAGUGUAGUGCCAUAAAAUGAAAAUAAGAUGAAAAGAGUUUUGUUUUUAUGUGAGAUAAAAAUAAACUGUAACAAUAUUUAUAUACCAGUCUACUGUGAUAUUAGCAAUCAAAAAGUUUGAUCCAAUUUCAGCUUUUUCCUGCAGACCAAUUUUCAUUUCCAGUGUAAAAAUGUAAGCUAUUAUAGUCAUGACCCACAUGUUACAAAAAAUUGUUUACCGGUAAUCUGAAAUAAACUUAAAGUGAAAAUUCAAUUUGAAAAAGAGGAAAAAUCCUGAUGAAAUAUUGGUUUUUCUUCAAAUCUUUCUCUGGAAACUUAUAAAAAAUGCCUGUGUAAAUUUUCAGUUUUCAGGCAUCUACUGUUAUAGUCAUGUCUUCAGAGACAAUCUGGCACUCAAAGAAUGGAUUAAUUUAAGUAACAGAGGUUCAUGAGUAUGUGCUUAUUGAUUGCAACUAGUCCCUCCUUUUCAGCAAAGUCUGUUGCUUGAGUUGAAAAAAGGUAAAAAAAAAUGAUUGUAGAAUUCUUAGGGUGCAGAACUCUGGAAGUAAGGCACACUAAUUUUUUUUUCACUGACCCUUUUUACUCAUGUGACAGUCUUCAGUCUUCAUGUGAAAACAGGGACUACUCAUAGUCUAGCAUAUAUGGAUUUUCUUUGAUCUACUCUUUGUUUUCUUUUAUGUUUAAACACAUUUUCUGUUUUCCUUUAUUACAACUAUGAUCUUAAUAUAAAAUAAAAUAAGAAAAUAGGAGAAAAUGAUGGAUGGUUAUGAGGCAAGUAAACCUCUCCCAUUAAAUCACACAUUGAUCUUCAAUUAAAGGCUUUGAUUUGCCUCUUCUUAAACUGUCAGCCAUUUGUAUAAUCUUUUAAUUUUGGGCAUUAUCUCUCAAGAAACUUGCAACUUGGUACAAGUACACUAGAAAACUUACUUCCAUCAUAGCAUCAAUAAAUAGCCAGCCUCAUGGGACUUUGAAAGGUUGGAAUAUUUUAUUAACUGAAUAAUGUUAUAAAGCUGAUCAUAAAACUGAUCAAGUUAAUUUGUAUAUAAUUCAUAUAUAUAGAAAAGUUCUGUCUGACAAGUCUGACAAGUGCCUAGGCGCGAAACUCAGAGUCACAGAGAAUUGAUGCGUCCUCUUGAAUUCUUUAACUUAUAUAUAUAUAUAUAUAUAUAUAUAUAUUUGUUUUUUUUUUAAGGAUAACAAAUGAUCGCAAAACAAAGCUUGCUGCCAAAACAGAGUUGAGUUUUGCUAAUUCCCAGUUGGACUUGUUGAAAGAAGAACUGGAAGGAAUCAACAGCACGUUGGAUGUUUAUCAGUUUGACAGGUGAAUUCUCAAAUUCAUCAGUUAAAGUCUUUUGGGUCUGUUUUAGAGAGAAAUUUGUUCAUUUAUUUGUUACUGGGACAGUUGAGUCCUUGCUUUCUUAUAAGGAAUUGGAAAAGGAAAAUUCCUGUAUACAAGUCAGAGAAAAAGAUGAUAAAAUCUCAGUUCAAUCUUUGGAAAGAUGGUUGUGUGAUCUGCGAAUAAAAUUACUUUUUCUCCAACAGACAAAACUGAACCAUUAAUGAAAGCCAAGUUGGGGCGAUUUCCCUAGGCUUGGUGCAGAUUUGACCAUCUUUUAUGCCUUUCUUUCAUUUCCCAAAACGUGAUACCAGUAUUAUUUAUAUAGGUAGCAAUACUUCUGUUUGUUCAUUUGUUAUUCAUUUUUUACUGGUGUUGUUUUGUUAUGUAAUAAAGAUCUGUAGAGCACCAGAUUCCUUUGAUUGCUGUUGGUCUCAGGGAAACAAAAGAACUCGAUUUUAAAUCACAGUUUAAGGUACGCAGGUUUCUUUUCUACUCUGAAUACAUUUAGUUUGAGCCGGGUACAGUAAAUGUUUCAAACAAUCUCUUUACCUAAAUCCUUUUUAUUAUCAGGAUAGACAUCAAGGAGGGGUUUAGAGUUAACUUUAACUGAAAUCCUAGCUUAAAUUCUUGGAUUAUACACCUUUUCCUCUUAGCAAGCAGACAAAUGGAGGGUUUACAUCUAGGAGGGGGGGAGGGCUUAAAUCACUUAAUGUGAUGAAGAUACAAAAUAACAUGCUCACUACAGGUAGUGUUCAGCAUCACUAGGUAUUAAAAAGGUAACCAGUCGUAUUGUGCUAUAUAUUUUCAGGAUUUCAUUUUGGAUCACUAUAGUGAAACUCCAGAAAAUUUUGAGGGGGAGCUUGAGUUAUUUGAGAAUCUAAGAAAGGUUUGUCAAAUUAAUGAGUUAGCUGCAUGCACACAAUCAAUAAAAAUUAUGGUGGUGCCUUGGCACCAAACUUUGGUUCAUCUGUGAAUUUUGUCCUCAUAACUGAAGAUGAAAUUAUUUUGAGUGUUUUCCAAACAUGUUGAGCAAAACAUACUUAUUCCUAGAUGCUUAGACUGUUAAUGAAAAGAGAUUAUAUUUGAAAAAAAAUUUUAUAUAUAUUACUUCUCAAGGAAUGCAACUGUCAAACAUUAAUUCGAAUUAAAGGUUUUUUAAAUGUUAUUCUUUCUUCAACUAAUAGCUUAUUGCUGUCAUUUAGACCUUAUUUCCUGUUUCUUUUUAAAAAUUUAUCUUUUUGGCUAUACCACCAAAGAAAGCAUUUGUGACUUAGAGUCUUGCCACUGUACAUUUUUAAAUAGGAAGCUGUGAACAAAGCUAACAGAGAUGAAAAUGGCAUUCAUUCUUUGUUCAAGUACUACAACCAACUCUAUUUUGUGGAAAAGAAAUUCUUUCCCAAUGGGAAGCACUAUACAGUGUCAGUUUAUUUUCACUGGUAAGUUUGAAGGUAUUUGUGUGUAGAGUACCUUCAGUUAUUAAACAAAAAUUAGGGUGAUUGUAUUAGAGGCAAGUUGGCAGAAAAAGGGAAGGAAAUUAAUGUUCUAGAGGAAUUAUUUUUCAUUAUAAAGGGAAAUUAGAACAAUCUAAACCAAGAAGCUAGACUAGAAAAAUUUAUUUUUAACACUGAUUAGUAAGAAAGGAAAGGACAAGACUGCACUUGAUACAGUAUUUGUCUUGGUGUCUCUUAAUCUAGCUGUUAAAGAAAGGAAUCUCAUCAAUGUGAGAGCUCUUUCCAGUUUUCUUAUAUGACUAGGCUAUAAGCAGACGUUAAACCUUUCAAAAUUAUUGUACUUUUUCACUACAAAAUUGUUGCAAAAUUGUUGAGAAACUGAAGUGAAAUGAAAAGAAAUAAAGGUUAUGGAAUUAAUGAUCUGCGUGUUAAUUAAUAUGUGAAAAUCAUUGUCAAUGUUAUUGUAAGUUAUAAUUAUGAUAAUAACUAAAUAAAACAACAUACAAUUAUGAUUACUGCAUAAUAAUGUUGGCUCUCUCUAUGGAAGGUUUGAUACCACAACUGGUUUACCAAAAAUACAAAGAUCUGUUGCAUUUGAAAAGGUAUGGACAUCCUUACUGGCAAAUCUGUAUGUUGCUGUAUACGCUACUUUGGGUUUAAUGAAAUUUUAAUUGAAAUUGUUUUGAUAUUACUAAUUUUACAAACAUUUAACUUUGUAGGCCAGUGUGCUUUUCAACAUUGCUGCCAUCUGGAGUCAAAUUGGUGCAAAGCAAGUAAGUUAAGAUAGAUAUAAUAACAUAUUUCUUGGAAUACAUGCCCAUGCUGUAAUAGGUGUCCUCCCCUGCAUAAGUGCCCACCCUCUAGGCCAAAAUGUCCAACAGGUCCCCCCUUGAAUAAGCACCCCCCUUCUACUCACUCACUUUCUUAGAUGGUAGGAAUAUAAGGAAAACCUUUUUCUACUGCCACUUAUUCAUACAGUGGAGGUGCGGUGGCCUCAUGGUUAGUGCACUCAACUCUGGAUCAAGUAGUCCAGCUUCGAGCCCUGGCCAGGGUCAUUGUGUUGUGUUCUUAGGCAAGACACUUUACUCUCACAGUGCUUCUCUUCACCCAGGUGUACAAAUGGGUACCAGCAAGUAUGCUGGGGAUAACCCUGCAAUGGACUAGCAUCCCAUCUAGGGGGGAGUAGCAAUACUCCUAGCUGCUUCAUGCUAAGGAAACCAGAGUUAAGCGCUGACCCCAUGGGCCACUUGGGCCUGUAUAAAGGCUUUACUUUUUACUUUAUUCAUGCAGUAAUUAUUUAAACAUUAAGUACAGCAGAAUCAGUAUAUAAAAGAACAAUAAAUGCUCUCCUCAAUUAAGCACCCUCCUUCCAAUAAGCACACCUACUUUAAGAUGAAAUUUUUCAACAAGUGCCUGGACACCUAUUCAAGGAAAAAUGGAAGUUGUAAUAUUUUGAUAGAGUGAGCUUAUUUGGGUAUUCACUGCCCAGUUUGUAUGUAUGCUCCUAAGUUCUUUGUUGUGUGCCAUAUUGUCAUCUUCCCAUGACCCUGUAAUUUACCAUGAGCUUUUGAGAUUCCUUUUGGUCUUGUGUGGUGUUUUUGUUUUUCUUUUGGUUUUGAUACAUUGUGUGUGCCCCACUGAUAAGGUUGGCUAUAUAGUGAUGGAAUAUCUCUUUUGGAUAGGGACAUGCCUUUAUGUAAAGCUGUGGUUAGGGUGGGAAAAGGAGUAUGAUUGUGUUGUUCAGUUUAUUUCCUUUUUUCCUGAGGAUGUGCUGUGAAAGUGGUGUUGUUGUUUUAUUAGCAAGAUGAGAUGUCCAUGUUUUCCUCUCUCAAAGAUUUCUUCUUUCAAGAUAAAAACUAGUUGCUUGAUAAUUAGGUGGUAGCCAAGCUGUUAUGUCAGUCUUUCAGCUUCUUGGCUAAUCAAACUUCAUAAACAUAUUCUGAUCAAAUUUGAAAUUCUCGAUGGAAUUUGUGAUUUAGAAUCCUCUGUAUUAUUCAUUAACUGAAGUCCUAAAAAUAUAAGCAUUAAAAAUGAAGAGGUAUUCCUUGCAGGACAGAAGAACAGAGGCAGGACUCAAAGAGGCAAUUGAUGCUUUUCAGAAAGCUGCAGGUAACCAUACUUAGCUACAAACCAGCUGGGUUUUUCAUAUCUGCUGGUCUACAGCUCUAGAUUUGUCAGACUUGCUUCAUAUUCUUCAAAAAGUAAAAUAAAACUUGAGGUGGGUGUGGGGGAAUUUCCUUUUGAACUCUCUGACCUUUACCUUUCCAACUUUCUGAAAUGUUGUACAGAUCAUUCAAGAGGCCUGUAAGAUGACCAAUGGCAGCAUAAAAUGAAUUUCUUAUCAUUCAUUUGCAACUUCAUGGUAGAUUUGUUUUUGAGAAGUACAGUAAUCUUACUAAUAGCUAAUGAAUCAAAAUGAAACAGGCAGGGCGUCACUGAGUGUCACUGUGUCAUGCACACCGGAGAAACCAGCUUUUUAGGGUUGCAUUAUCAAAUGGUCUUUGCCGUGAAUAUGAAUAUAAUUUUGAGUAUGAAAGCGAUGUUUGCAGUAAUGAACACUUCCAAAGCAGAAGUGAAAAUAAGGCCUGAAAAAAAUUCAUGCUUGUAUGGGAUUUGAAUCCAUGGCCUUUGCAAUACCAGUGCAGUGUUCUACUAACUGAGCCAACAAGCCAACUGGGAGCUAGUCAUUACAUUUGUUUCCCAAUAAACCAGGGAAUUGAUGAAUCAAGGACUGUGAAUAUUUGAAAAUCAUGUAAUUAUCUGAACUUUGAAUAAAGAAGUGAAUAUGAAAGCGACCUUCACAGUAAUGAACACUACUUAAUAAGCAGUAGUAAAAAUUAGGCCUGAAAAGAUUCUGGCCGGUAUGGGAUUUGAACCCAUGACCUCUGUGAUACCAGAGCAGUGCUCUUAACUAGCUAAGCUAACAUGCCAACUGUGAGCUGAUCAUUUUUUCAUUUCGUAUUAAACCUGUGAAGUGAUGAAUCAAUGACUGUGAAUGUAUGAAAAUUAUGUGAACUACAGUUUAAGAAAUGAAUAUGAUUUCAAGUGAUCUUAGUAGUAAUGAUAUAUUUUGGAUGGUAAUAAUUUAUUUUUGCUUUAUUAUUCAGGUGUAUUUAAAUUUAUCAAAGACAGUUUUAUCAACUCACCAAGUGCUGACCUAACACCAGAAGUGAUGAACAUGUUGAUGGCUGUCAUGCUGGUGAGUUUAAAGUUCAAGUGAGCCGUGUUUUAAACAAGCAGGGAAUAGGUAGUGAAAUGUUAAGAAUGUAUUUUUCUUUUUUUGUGAAUCUUGCAACAUGUAAGAGGAUCAUUUUACUUUAAGGCUUGCGAAAUUUGAUUUUAACUGGACAAUAACAAAGUCAGUGGUACAAAUUACUUAAAAAAAUAGAGCUCAAGGAUUUGAGGAAGGCUUGUCAUUGCAACCACCAAUGAAAUCCGUCUCCAUUUUGGUCCUGGUUGAAGUUAGUACUCCUAUAAAGGGAUGGAAUUUUUAUGUCUGACAAACAGUAUUUUAUUUCACAACUCUUCAUUGAUAUUCAGUUGAAACAGGGUAAGGGAAAAAGGAUUGAUCCAUGUGCUAAGCUAAGCUGUUCUAGUUUGGUUGAGGCAGGGUUGUGUCCUGUGGUACCAACCAUGAAAUGAGAAUGAGAAGGUGGGCCAUUCUCAUAGUGCACUCUGCCAGAAAACUGAGUAUUAGAGAAAUGGAUGAAUCUCCUCAAUAUUUAUUAAAGACCUCUAAUGUAACCAAUAUGAAAAAAUGUUCACUCAGUCUAGAAAACUGCAUUUUUAUCUUGUAUUUCAAAUUUGUUGAUCAUUAUUAGUUCUGUAAAUAGUAGGGCUUUCAUUGAGACAUUUAGAAAAAUCUGCAUUGUAGCUGUAGAGCUAUCUGCUCUCCAAUGUUUAAUGAACAUCCUGGAAUAGUUUACAACAUUGUUUAAUAUCUUUAAGUUAAUAAUUUAUCUAUUUCUCAGGCUCAGGCACAAGUGUGUAUAUGGGAAGAACUAAUUCUUGGUGGAAUUAAAGAUAACUUGUCUGACAAGAUAGUUGCUGCUCAGGAAUGUGCCCAGGUAAGAAUAUGAGUUUGAUCUAAUGAGUAACCUUUUUUCAUGGAACAGAAUUUUAUUCUGCAGUACAUCAAAAUGAUGAUAACUGGCAUGUGGCCAUAGAAAUAUGUGACAGAAACUAGCUCUGAUUAAAUCUGAAGUGAUUUUAAAACAUGUUGCUAAUCCUCAUGUGAAGUCUUGGUACCUGGUUGUGUUUCAUUAGUUGUACAUAAAUUUGAAACUGAAUGAAAGUUUAAUUUUCCCCUUACUUAAUUCCUAACAUGAGUGAAAUAGAGAGUUGUAUAAUUAUAUAUAUUAUAGAGAAAAGCUAACUGAUUUUUUCCUAUAUAUUCUGUAGAUUAUCAUCAGCUUUGUCAGUUGUCAGCUCAAAAUAUAGCUGACAUGGUAUACUAUAAAUCAGUUGUAAAACUUGAUGUAUAAUUUAGCGAUAUGUGCCCUACAGAACCUAUAGAAAACUCUGAAAUAGUUAAGUAUUGCAAAUUUUGAAAGAGGUGUCCUGUGAGGAAAAUUGAUGUUUUUUUUUCCCAUGUCAGGUUAGUCAGAGUUACAAAAAGGUUCAGAUCCUGAUGAAUUCUGGAAUCUGCUUGAGUUGUGUUCCAAUUUCCUGGAGAAACAUGAUGUCUGUGAGUAUGAAACAAAUAAAGUGCUUUUCUAUGAAGUGUCAUUAAACCAGAACAAAUGGAAAGUCAUCACAACAGGUUUUGAGGAUGAUGGAAAACAUGGCAGGGAAUCAUUGGAAACUUGUUGUGAAAACAAGUAAACUGCCUAAAGUGCAAAAGAACUUAAUUAAUAAAUGUCCAAGUCACAGUUGGUUUUACAUUUGGUUGGUUGAGAGAGUGGUGCCAGUUUUCUGGACCAAUCAUAGAGUAUAGUUGAAUAAAACCUGUGCAGUCCUAGAUCAUUUUCCACACUCAGUUGGAAAUUUGUCCCAUUUACAUAAGUAUGUUUAGCAUAAUGCAAGCUAUGAUUACUCUGAAUACUUGGUUAGCUUAUAUGGUCAGGUUCUGUCUUAGGAAUUCAUGUUUCUUCUUCUGAAACAAAUAGAGAUGAUAUUUAUUGUCUUUUCAAUCUCCCUUCAGAUAAUGUGUCUUCACUAUGAAGCUCUCUCACAUUACUAUAUUGCUGAGGGAAUACUUAAAAGUGUGGGUAAGUACAUCAAAGGCUACUAAGUUCUUUUUUUAUAGUUGAAUGUACUGGUAAAUCUAAAGGUGACUCAACUUCAAUAGGAGUUGAAAAGCAAAUGUCAGACAAUGUACAUGAAUGUGCUUUCUCUUUUAAGUCAUCAACAAUAAACAAGAGGUGGCAGGAGUCCAAGUACAGAGGAUAACCUUCAGUUAGAAACUCUGUGAAUAGCUUACUGGUACUCCACAGUGCCUAUAUUCCUUACUUCUCUGUUGUUGUGCAUAUUUCUGGAUUACUUGUGUUUGGGUUUUUCAAACAAAGCUGUGAUUAAAAUCCUAACUGAUUCAAUGUAUUUUUUUUAAUAGAGAAUCAGAGUGUCACUAAGAAGGAUGAAGUUAUUCUUUCAUCGUUAGGCACAUCUCAGGCUAACAGCAAUGAAAACAAGAAAAAGCAUGGUGGGUAUAUUUACAUAUUAGACUUCUUGCAUCACUUGUAAUGAGGUACUACAUUGACCAAGUGUGGAGGGAAAAUUACAGGCUUAAGAGAUUAGCAAGUGGUGUUCAGUUUAGAAAAUGCAACUUACUUUAAUUGAAAGUUGAAGUUUUCUUGUCUUUGCAGCCACUUACUGUUUCCAAAUUUUGGUUCAAUAUUUACACCGUCUAUUUUGUUUAAAGUAAUAUUAUGAUGACUUAAAGGAUAAGUUACCCUCUUAUAAUUAAAAACAAUUAACAUUUUUUUGUCAUUUGUACACGCAAGUAUUAUGGCAUAAGAUUUUGAUGACCAAAAACAUUCAAUCCCUCCAAAUGGAGUUGUAAUCCUUCAUUUAUAUUCAUAUUUGAAUCACCCAAAGCAGAACUGUAGUUCUCAAUUCCUUACACCAUUCAGUUUUAACAAUCUUCAGGUAUUCGCUCCAUUCUUAUCUAAUAAAAUACCACAACUUUUUCAUUUGCUGUUUUUGGUUUGAUGUUAAAAAGUUUUUGUUUCACCUAGCCAAAGCUCAUCUCCAUUCUGCACUUAAAUCACAUGAGGAAGCCAUGAAAACUAGGCAGAUCUGUCGCCACUGUAGAAAAAUAGCAGGUCUACAAAAGGUACAUGUCAUCUUUUUUUGAGAGAGCAUAGUGAUCAAUUACCUAUUAUGAAAUAUUCAAACUCUUAAGCUAGUCUGUAAGACCAUUCAUUGUAUUGCAGGAGAUUAAAUAAACAGUUAAUUUUAUUGUGCAUUUCUCAGGCUCUUCAAGAUGCACGGAUCAAAACCACAGAAACGUUAGUUGCUAUGGAAGAAGAAGAUGACUUUGAUGACCCCCUAACACCAAUCCCUGUUAAAGGUCAGCUUUGGAAUCCUAUAAAUGUAAUCCUUUUUACGCUGUUGAUGUCUGAAAACCCCCAAAUGCUCUGUAGUGUUUUAUUUCAAUUGUGAUACCACCUCUCUUACCAGAAAGGCAUGUAGUUAAUUUUUUAAUAUGCAGAUACCUUACUAAUAGAUGAAAAAUGGGUUUCCUUUAUUGAAAAACAAUAAAGAAUAUUGGAAGUUGAAAUGAAAUGUUGUCGAAGAGUUCCCGGUUGUCCCAGUAAAAUUAACUUAAAUUAUGAAAUUUGUUGACAAUCUUAAAUAACGUAAGGAAAGUGAGCAAGAGACCAUGCUUGUGGUAAAGUUUUACUGUAAGGAAAUAUUGAUUUGGCGACAUUCUCUAUUAACCUUUUGACCCUUAAGAGUGACCUCUAAGUCCUCCUUUCAAUAUCACCCCUGAACCAAACAUUAAGGUCACAAGAAUAAAUAAAAAGGUUAACCAACUUAAGAAGCUCUUGACUGUGAAACAAAUUCUUCUGGUAAGAACCUUAGGAAAUGUAUAGAGAACCAUAUGGAGAAUAUGCACAUUGAUGUUAGGGUGUAUAAAGUUAAGAUAACCAAACAAGAAUCCAUCUUUACCUUCUCUAGAGCCAUUCUUUUUUUUUUUUUUUUUUUUUUCGGUAGCAAAAUUUGGCAUAAGUUAUAUCUUAUAAUAUUUAUGUAUUUUUUUAUUCCCUCAGCUUCAGCAAAAUAUAAUGCAGCAAGUAUUGCUCCUAAUUUUAGCCAAGCAUCUGUGGAAGACUUGUUUCAUAGGCUGGUGAGAUAUUAACACUCCAUAUACAUUUGUACCUUACUUAAGCACAUUUUUAUUCAAUGUUCCAAAACCAAACCAAGGUACAGAACUAAAAUAUAAUGCAAAAUAAGAGGAAUUUUUUUUCAAAUUUCACAUAGGACUGAAGAAUAUGAUGAUAUGUUUUGAAGUUGUUAUGAGAUGAGGUCAAUCAAAGAGAGAAACAAAACAUUCAAUUGAAAAGUUUUUCCUCUGUAAUUUCAGUACUUUCUAGAUAAUUUUAUUAUAUUUUAGGAAUUGAUCAGUUAGAGAAUGACCUGAUAAAAUCUUUUUUAAUGCUUCUAGGGUCCUGUGCAUGUGUUUAAUGCUAAUUUAGAGUGGAGUGCACCAAAAAGUGUUGAACUAAAGAAAACUGAUAAAGGAUAUGGCUUCAGUGUGAUUGGCUCUGCUCCAGUUAUUAUUCAGAGUGUAGAGGAGCAAGGACCUGCUAAGGUUUGUUUAUCUGUAAUUCUUCUAUCUGUAAUUUUGUUGUUGUCUUUGUAGAAGUCUUUUCUGCUUCCUUUUAGCUAAGGGAGAGAAGCAAGAGCUAUGAAGGAAUCCCAUAAAGGCAUAAGGAGGAGGGAGCCCCUUUCUUUAAAAAAGUAGGAUCCCCUCUGCUCUUAAUUUUUUUGUUUUCUUUAGCUUCAUGGUUCUGCUGUUUAGCUAAAAGGAAUAAUAUUAGACUGCUAUACAGGUUGCAGAAGGCUUCUCUUCCAUUUUAUUCUCUUUACCUGUGUAUUUAGGCAUCAUGCAUAUGUCAGAUGAUUAUGAUAUGACUUGUGUCAUAAAUGAAAUCAAAGAGGUGAAUGAAACUUAACAAGAAUUAAAAGUUAAACCUCUCAAGUGAAAAUUUAUUUUUUCAUCCAUUUGGGCUGAAUUUUCACUGACAUAAAUGAGGUCUGUUAGUAUUUUUGUAAACUUCCCUGUGCUCAUUUUCAGGAUGCUGGAAUUCAAGCAGGAGACAUAAUCACAGCUGUAAAUCUGACUGACUGUAAAUGGGGCGAUCAUUCUUCUGUUGUGUCCUUAAUUCGUAAUACGGAGACUUGUGUCACACUUGAGACUGUAACACCCUCCUCUCUGCAGCACAUUGCUUCAUUGUACAAUGUCAAGCUAACAAGGGAUGAUCAAGUGGUAACCAGUGACUAUAGUGGCUCCAUAGGUAGUCACAGCUCAGGAUCUUCCAGAAACAGUACGCUCAAUGGUUUAAGCUCUCAAGAAAGCAGUAGCCCUCCUGGAUCAACAAGAUCUGAUACUCCUGUUCGACACAGUGUGCUACUGGACAUGGGCAAUGAGUCAAUUUUGUGGUAGUUGACUGGAAAUAAAACCAACUGGCAAUACUGUGGCACAUGCCCUUUGCUUCAGCUCAGAAAGUGCAAUCAUCUGAGCCUGAUUUCAAUCAUUCUAUAGCAAAUGCUUUUCAACUGAAUGUUGUAAGACCAAAAUAAAAACCAAAACUGAAGUAAUCUUAACAGCCAAUCAGAACAAAGAAAAAUAUCACAAGAAGCUACUGAGAACUCAGAGGGAAAACAAGGAAGCUCCUUUUCGAAAGUAAUUCAGAAUACAAAGUGGCCACUUGUUGUAGUUUUGCAUCUGAUUGGCUGAGGGUGGCAUAUUUUCUAGACCAAUCAUAGAGGGUAGUGGAACAAAAGCAAUGUGAUCCAGGAUUUUGUUCAACAUUCAAUUGAAAUUUACUCUGACAUGAAUUGUCAUAGUGUAUAGUGACUGUUUAGUAACAGUGUGAUUAUUUUUCUAAAAUGUGCUUCAACAUGUAUGCAAUGGGGGUUGGGAAGCAAGUCAGUGGUGAAAUGCUUUAAGUAUUGGACUCCUAUGUCUGGGGUCAGGUGUGAUUGCUGGAAUUGUCAUUAUCAAUGGGCUAACUAUGUGCUUAAUCCUGGCCCUUGCUUUGAGUUUUUCUUUGAGGGAGCUCACCAAUUUUUCCUAUCUACGAGAGAAAUCCUCAAAAUCCAAUUUGAUCAGAAAUGGUGGGUAAAGAGCCAAAGGCAAAAAAUGCUGCUAUUUAAUCUGUUUAUUUUAUUAUAUAUUAUUUAUUUAUCUUGUUAACGUGGGAUAUCAAAACAAUUCAACUAAUUAGUGAGGGAAAUAAGCUGGACAGUGGCUUGUUAAAGACCAGGCUUGGCCUCUGAGAACAUUUAUAGAUUUCAUGUAGUGUGUCUUUAAUUGCGGGGCAAAGGUUUAGGUUGACUAGGAGGGAAGACACAAGGUUAGCACAUGACAACAUGGACACACCUUUUUGUCCAUACCAUCCUUAUGUUCUUCUUCAUGGGAUUGGUGCUCAUUUGACAUUAAUGGAAAAAUCUUACAACAUGUAGUCUUUGUUGAAGCCCACAUCUAUGAAGGAAGGGUCUUCUCCAGAACUCUUUGUUUGUCUGUUUGGUUUUUCUGUUUUUUUGCUUUGCUAUCAUAGUUAUUUUUGGAAAAAAUUAUUUUAUAAAUCAUAUUGUUUUCAACAAACAUAAAAUAAGUCAUUUAACAAGAAUUGCUCUCUUUUUGAAGGAUAUUAUUUGAAAUUGGUUUGCUUCAAUUGUGGAUUGCAAAAUAAAUAUUUUGUCUUUGCUAAAAUAUAGAUAUUUAUCACAGAUAAUCUAUAAUAUUUUUAUAUAAAACUUAUAUUAAUUGUGAAGUGUUAAAACAUUAUGAACGUAAAUAAAUGUUCUUGGUCCAAAGGAAUUUAACAAUUAACUGUAUUGAGCCAAUAUGUAUGUAGAUUCAGUAAUUAUUCAUUCUCUUUUCCUUGGUGUUUGCUUCCCUCAACCUUCGUAGACAAGAGAGAGAGUCCUGAGGCUUCUUUGGCAUAAAGAUAAGUUAAAACUGACAUUUACAAGCCUG